CGCGCGGUGCAGGCUGGGGGAACAUGGCCGCUUCCGGUCUCUCACUGUGGCUGGUGCUAGGCUGACCGCGGCCGAGGCCCUGUGCGUUCCUCCCUGUGCACCUCUCGCCCGCGGCCGCAGAGGGUGCGGCGGCCUCCUUUUCUCGCACCAUGGAGAAGAGCUCGAGCUGCGAGAGUCUCGGCGCGCAGCCCCCGGCGGCACGGCCACCCAGCGAGGACUCACUGUCCAGUGCUUCUACUUCUCAUUCAGAGAACUCGGUGCAUACGAAGUCAGCUUCUGCUAUAUCUUCAGAUUCCAUUUCAACUUCUGCAGACAACUUUUCUCCUGAUUUGAGGGUCCUGAGAGAGUCAAACAAAUUAGCAGAAAUGGAGGAACCAAGCCUGCUUCCAGGAGAAAACAUUAAAGACAUGGCCAAAGAUGUGACUUACAUAUGUCCCUUCACUGGUGCCGUACGAGGAACGCUGACUGUCACAAAUUACAGAUUAUAUUUUAAGAGCAUGGAACGGGACCCCCCUUUUGUUCUAGAUGCUUCUCUUGGAGUGAUAAGUAGAGUAGAAAAAAUUGGUGGUGCAUCUAGCCGAGGUGAAAACUCUUAUGGCCUGGAGACUGUGUGCAAGGAUAUCAGGAAUUUACGAUUUGCUCAUAAACCAGAGGGGCGAACAAGAAGAUCCAUAUUUGAGAAUCUAAUGAAAUAUGCAUUUCCUGUAUCUAAUGGCUUGCCUCUUUUUGCUUUUGAGUAUAAAGAAGUAUUUCCUGAAAAUGGGUGGAAACUGUAUGACCCCCUUCUAGAGUAUAGAAGGCAGGGGAUUCCAAACGAAAGCUGGAGAAUAACAAAGAUAAAUGAACGCUAUGAACUUUGUGACACAUAUCCUGCCCUCUUGGUUGUGCCAGCAAACAUUCCUGAUGAGGAGCUAAAGAGAGUGGCAUCUUUCAGGUCACGGGGUCGAAUCCCAGUUUUAUCCUGGAUUCAUCCUGAAAGUCAAGCCACAGUCACUCGCUGCAGCCAACCCAUGGUGGGGGUGAGCGGGAAGCGCAGCAGAGAGGAUGAAAAAUACCUUCAGGCCAUCAUGGACUCCAACGCCCAGUCGCACAAAAUAUUUAUAUUUGAUGCUCGGCCAAGUGUCAAUGCUGUUGCCAAUAAGGCAAAAGGAGGAGGUUAUGAAAGUGAAGAUGCCUAUCAAAAUGCAGAACUCAUUUUUCUGGAUAUUCACAAUAUUCAUGUUAUGCGAGAGUCAUUACGGAAGCUUAAGGAGAUUGUAUACCCCAACAUUGAGGAAACUCACUGGUUGUCUAAUUUGGAAUCUACGCACUGGCUGGAACACAUUAAGCUCAUCCUUGCUGGCGCUCUUAGGAUUGCUGACAAGGUGGAGUCAGGGAAGACGUCUGUGGUGGUGCACUGCAGUGAUGGCUGGGAUCGCACAGCUCAGCUCACUUCCCUGGCCAUGCUCAUGUUGGAUGGAUACUAUCGAACCAUCCGAGGAUUUGAGGUGCUCGUAGAGAAAGAGUGGCUAAGCUUUGGACAUCGAUUCCAACUGAGAGUUGGCCAUGGAGAUAAGAACCAUGCAGACGCAGACAGAUCCCCUGUCUUCCUUCAAUUUAUCGACUGUGUCUGGCAGAUGACAAGACAGUUCCCUACUGCGUUUGAAUUCAACGAGUAUUUCCUCAUUACUAUCCUGGACCACUUGUACAGCUGUUUAUUUGGGACCUUCCUCUGUAACAGUGAACAGCAGAGGGGGAAAGAGAAUCUUCCUAAGAGGACAGUGUCACUGUGGUCCUACAUAAACAGCCAGCUGGAAGAUUUCACUAAUCCUCUUUAUGGGAGCUACUCCAACCAUGUCCUUUACCCAGUAGCCAGCAUGCGCCACCUAGAACUCUGGGUAGGCUAUUACAUAAGGUGGAACCCCCGGAUGAAACCACAGGAACCUAUCCACAACAGAUACAAAGAACUUCUUGCCAAAAGAGCAGAGCUUCAGAGAAAAGUAGAGGAACUUCAGAGAGAAAUUUCCAACCGCUCAACCUCCUCUUCAGAGAGAGCCAGCUCUCCUGCACAGUGUGUGACUCCUGUCCAAACUGUUGUAUGAAAGGACUAUUCGGUCAGGGGCAUCGUUGCCAGGAAUUUGACAUUACAGCACCUUAGCAGGCUUAGGGUAGAAAGCCUUCUGUGUUUUAAAUCCAUCUAUGGGAGAAACCUUCAGAUGCUGUAUUUAUUUCAAGUCUCUCUUAGAUGAGUUUAGAAACGUCCGCUGCAGGUGACAAUGGAAAUUAUUUCAUUUGUAAUUAAAGUAUACACUAAUCUUAAGCCACCCAAAGAAUACUAAAGUACUGGAAUUCUGUAUCCACGCAUGGGAACAAAUUUUUAAUUCAAAAAUAUCUUAAAAAACUGAGUACCUGGUAAGAUCUCUAGGCGGCAGAAAAGCAAGAGCAGCUGUUCUUAUACCCAAGAGCAUAUGUGCUGGGCCUUGUUGGACAUGUCAGAUCAAAAUCACCCUUCUCAAAUUUCCUAAUUUUUGUGGUAAUAUAGAAAUUAUUAUGGCAUAUCAGUAGUUAAAAAUUGCUGCUGACAUUGUAAUUAGGGUAUUUUCAACAGCAGUUACUAAAGGUUGAUGCCUUAUAUGUGCUUGGGGGGGAUGGGGAGUGAAGGGACAAAGCAGUAGCUGUUAUCCAGGAAUUGAAAGAACAUUCCACACCUUCAGACUAAUUUCCAUUUGUAUGCUUAUCACUAACAUCAAGGAAGACAUUUUAGAAACUGUUACACCACUUUAUCUUAAUGCUAAUUGGCAAGUUUUAAGACAAUAUUUUAAAACCUUAAAAGUCUGACUUUAGUGCUAUGUUUAAAUUUCACAUGAUCACUUUACCAAAGAACACACUGCAUGUAAAGACUUACAAUCUCAGUGCCAGCAAGUAAAGCCUUGUUUCUCUACUCACCGGAGUUGGGUGCUGGUGUGAACAGUUGACCUCCUGGUGUCCAUUUUACUCUAAGAGCCAUAUGUAAUGUACUGUAACAAAGGAGCUUAUUACCACUGCGUCUUUUAAUUAAAUGCUUUCAACUUUUGUCCCUGUCCACAGUUGUCUAAAGUAUCUCCCCCAAUCCAACUACCUAGAAAGUUCAAUUUGAGCCCAUCUUUCCUUGACACCUAAACAGCCCUUUUCUCAGUCAUUAAUUCAUUGUCUCAACUGUCGUCCUGUUGUUGAUGCUAGAAAACACACACAUGCACAGGUCUCUCCAUCCCUUUUAUUUUUGCUUGUCUGGACAGUGAACCCAGAAUCUCAUACUUGCUAGGCAAGUGCUAUACUACUGAGCUAUAUCCCCAGCAUAUCCAGUAUUAACAAAAUUGGUACUAAAUGAUUUGGUCUGAUAUGGAAAUUUUUAGGGAUUAUUUAUGUUACUAACCAGUAUUCAGAUAAGGUUUCUAUAGUAGUUCACACUUUCCUCUCCAGACUGUUUUCCUCAUGGAAACUUUUAUCAUCUUGGUAUGGCACAAAGGGUUGCUGCUGAGAUCCAGACAUUAAAGAUGGUCAUACAAUCACUCAAAAGCCAGAGGAAUAUAAGUGAAACUCUGUUGUUUCCCUUCAAAACCUUCCGAUGUCUUCUAUGAUCUCCAAGAAAUCAUUGUGGAGUCUGCACACUAAAAGCACUUUCUGUGGAAUGCAGCUGCAUUCCUGGCACUCCUUUGUUGGCAUCUUGUACAGAGUACAAAGGAGCUCUGCUCUGCUGCGAGUGAGCAAGCAAGAAACUGAAGCAGGCUCAAACCCAAAGCCCAGUUUGAAUCCAGCUGGAGAUAGGUCUGUGUUUGGCAAAAUCCUUCUUACUUGUGGUCCUUGUGCCUCCAGAUGAGCGACUGCUGCUGUUUCCUUCUUCCUCAACAGUCUUUUUCUUAGCUUUUAAUUCCUUCUUCUGCUUAUCUAUGUUUUGUUUCUCCAGCUAUCCAAAUAAUCAAGGCAGGGGAAAAAAUCGAAUUCAAUAAAAACAUUUUCUUUUAGCUCAA